AUGAUCCAAGCCUGGAAGUUCGAGCACGACAUCAUCAGACUGACCGAGACUAGACGACACCACCCACUGAGCUCCGUAUAUGACACUGGAGAAGAACUGUUCUUAGAAACAUGCUACAGUAGAGGAUUUGGUGUCCUCGCCAGCACGAGUAUAGCAAAGAACAUUGACUCUUUUGAACAACUUACAUUCCGAAUCGCACGCUUGUGGAUGAGAAGAUGUGGUCCAAUGCCGGCUUUGACAAUCUUCGACGCUUCAAAAUCAUGCUAUGAAGAAGCCGAAGCUUUCUAUAUGGACAUUGAGAAGUUCUACAGAGAAGACUAUACUUUCUACAAGGUCAUUCUUGGUUAUUUUAACGGCAAAAUCGGUCCCAGAAGAACGACUGAAAAACAUCACAUCGGCACCCACAACCUCUAG